AUGCUAUCAACGCCAUUAGGGGAGGGAGUUAUUACAACAGUUGCUAUCAUCUUAAUAUCGGAUUGGGAUAUCCAGAUGCAUGCUGCUUCUGUAAUGCCCGCUCUAUUACUACUCCUGGUGUAUGUGACACUCUCACACGGAACUCCCACGAUUCUACCGUCGCUUUCCUUUGAAGAGAAUAUCGUACCGCUGUCAUUACGAGUUGUUACCGUGAUAAUCGGCGCAAUCUGGCUACAGUUUCAUCUAUAUGGAGAGACGUACAGCACUGUUCUGCAUACAAGCACACUUGGAUUUGCGAAAGCGUCCUCCUGGUACUUUACCUCCCAAGUCGCCAAACAAACAUCAUGGAACUUCGCCACAACAUCCACCACAUUCGCCCUACUCUCAACAAUCAACCCCAUCACACAGCGCACCGAGACGCAAGCCCUCUCCACGGUCCUUCUAUCCAUCCUCAUCCUCCGACAACUCAUCCAAACGCUCCCCAAACAACCUAAACACCUAUACCUGCUCGCUUUCAUACCAACGGUCCCCUACCUCCUCAACAUAUACGCCAUCGUCUCUCUCUCCACACAACCUACUUCCCACCCCGUCGAAACACUCGCAACAUCCGCCAUCACCGACUUUCAAACCCUCCUAUCCCGCCAAUCAGUCACAUACACAGCCGCACACAACGAAUACCUCAACCGGUAUCACAUCGAUCCCCCUCCCGGCUUCCAAGACUGGUACGAUUUCGCGAAACACCACGAAUCCCGUAUAAUAGACGACUUCGACACAAUAUUCACCUCCAUAUCGCCCUUCCUCCGUAUCCCCGGCCAAAAGGUCCUCGAAAACAUACACCACGCUCAAACCCAGCACACAGACCUCUGGUCCUGCGUACUCAACAACGAAACAAAAUGCACACACUCUUUCCGCACCAACGACAGACACAUCCACCGCCUGCUCAACAACCUCGUCCAGUCUCUUCACAACUCCCCUAAUAUAACCCUCCUCGUCAACCAUCUCGACGAACCGACCUCCCUCCUCCCAGCACACCCCUCCGACAUCUUCACACAGACAGACCUCUCCCGCACAUCCACAUGGUCCAUCCUCACACAAUCCUGCAACAACACGCUGCAAACACCACCCUCAUUCAUAACCAACAUCUCAGUGGCCCUCAACCUCUGCCACAGCCCCCAAUACGCCCACCAGCACAGCCUCCUCAUCAAACCAUCCUCCUUCACCCUCAUCACCGCCCAGACACCAAUCCUAUCCACAGGAUCCCCAUCCACCAUGAACGACAUCCUCUUCCCCAGCCCGGCAUACACCGAAUCCGAGUUCCAGUACUCUCCCUCCAACGACGUAUCGUGGUCCCAGAAACGGCGGAAUCUCUACUGGGCGGGCUCCAACACAGGCGGCUACGCAGAUGACUCUUCAUGGGGGACAUACCACCGCCAGCGAUUCUUAUCGCUCACGCAGCAAAUACAGCCAUCUGAAUACAAGUACCUCAGCUAUAAGGACGGCUCCCAAUUUACAUCGAGAUUCCUCAACGGCAGACUAUACAAUACCUUCUUCACACGUAUAGUCCAGUGUUCCGAGUCGCUGUGUCGCGCACAGAGACAUUUUUUCAAGAUGAGGUCGUGGGCUCCGCGAGACGAGGCCUUCAAGUCCCAGCUGGUGUUUGACCUGGAUGGAAAUGGUAUAAGCGGGCGGUAUUAUAGACUCCUGGCGUCGAAUUCUGUGCCGUUGAAGCAGACUAUUUUGAGGGAAUGGCAUGACGACAGGUUAAUACCGUGGGCGCAUUACGUGCCUGUUAGUUUGGGAAUGGAGGAGCUGCCCGAAAUGGUUCGGUAUCUCACUUCUACAGAUCAAGGUCAAAAGACAGCCAAGGCCAUUGCGGAAUUGGGCAAAGAUUGGUCCUCCAAGGCGUUACGAGAAAUUGAUUCUACCAUAUACUUGUACAGAUUGCUGUUGGAGUUGGCGAGGGUCCAGGAUCCAACUAGACCAGCCUUGUUGUAG